AUGGAGAUAUGAGGUCUCCGAACUCUUGUUCAGUAUUUUAUCGUCAUGUUGACCAUCUCCGGUGGGGAAUAGGAUUCAUGGUAUGUAAUUUUUUCGAAAUCAGGCGAAAAUCAAUGCACGUUCUGAUGUCAUCCCCAAAAAUAUACUUACUGCUGCCUAAUUAGCUAACCGGACAACUUUAUACUGACGUACAAACACACCCAACUUUGAACAAUGGUCUGGAAAAUUCCGUUGCUGCCUGUGUCAACAAGUUAAUCAGGUGUGUAAUAUCGACCUACUGGACAAGUUUUUGUCUGUUUUACUCACAAUGAAAACAUGCACUUCAAAAAUAAGUUUAACAUGGUCGACGAAACAUGAUUUCAUUACCUUACUAAUAUCAAAACCGGUUGAGGAAAGGGAACAGCGGGCUGUGUUGAUAGGUUCUGAGAAUGCGUGAGGAGAGUGUUAAGUUUCCGAUUGACGUAGACUUCGAUAGAGUUCAUUGACCGGGAGGGGCUAGCAAGAUGGGUAGGGCUAACUUCCAGUUAUAUUUAGAUCAAAAUGAUCUAAUCUAUUCAGAUUAAGAUAUCAGUAUGCGACAUUUGUCCUCCGAGAAAGGCAUAAAAGAACAACACUUGCGCACACUUUUCAGACGAAAAACUUCAGUGAGUGACAACAAGCGUUGCCACCGACGAACCGCAGGCAAGCCAGGGAAAGACAAACCUAUACGGCGACACGCUAAGAAGUUGCCUGUUUGAAUUAAAGGAGCUUGUUCGAAGAUCACUACUACAAUGUGUAAUAUCGGCCAUGCCAUGAUUGGACUGGGAGCGACCUUGGUCAUCCUGGGGGUCAUCAGUAUUUGCUACGGGAUCUACGGCCUCGCAACCUUCCCGCAAAACUACUUCAACAGAGUCGGCGCACCCAUUUGGGCGGGCGUGUUCGUUAUCCUUACGGGAGCCAUAGGGAUCGUGGCAGGAAGGAAGUUCGUGCGGGAAGGAACCAGCACCAAAUUUACUGCAGCCUUCCUGACACUGAGCAUCAUCUGCAUUUUCGUGGUGAUGUCCCAAGUCGGUGUGUCCAGCUGGGGGUUGGCCACCUACGCGGACUGCUACCUUCCGUAUCUGGGAAACUUUGACAGUCUCGACUUUGGGCUAAGCGAAUUGAAUUCGUACUGUUGGACCCUGAUCUAUUUUCACCGCGUCGGCGUGGUGGUAGGCCCGAUGGAGAUGCUCCUGUGUCUUGUCUCUUCUAUCAUCUGCUGUACAGCCUGCUGUACCUGCGACAACCAGCCGGACUCAAGUGGAAUGGUCAUGCAACCAACCAACCCGCCCAGAACUGUCAACAACCCAGCAGUGCUAUAAUCCCUGCAGCCAGGCGGGCCUCCCUGAGUCCAUGUCGCCAACUGGACAGCAGAAUAUGGUCUACUCUUGUCCCGGCAAACAGGCUUACCAGUACUAAGAGCCUUUAACACAAGAUUUACAUUCAUAGAGAAAGGCAGAGAAGUGCUUUGGCCUUAUAAUUACUCAAGCGUACAUGUAUAUACUAUGUAGAUUUUGGAAAGGUAAGAAACUUGCUGUCCUUUUAAACAUUUGCUUAAGUAAACUGUGUGGUAGUUCAUAUACCAGUUUAUUGUUCACAAGUGCAAAUGUGCAUAGUAUUGUGUAUGGUCAAAAUAAAGGUUCUUGAAUGUCCAGGGACCUUAAACUUUGACCUUAGCCCAGAAUACAUUAGGUUCAAGCCUGCACGUGUGCACUUGAAACUGUGUACAGCAUUGUCAGGUUAUAUUCCUUGCCUAUCUAUCUGUUGUACACUUUUCAAUAUUGACAAAUAGGGCUUGUUUCAAUUCCAAUCACAUUUAUCAGCACAACAAUGUGUGCAAUAUCGUACAGAAUUGUGUACUAAGGUAAAGAAGAGGAACAAGCUUUAUGUGGCGUAUAAAUCUACAUAAAUUCUAUGACAUCGAAAUACAUUUUCAGAUUCUCCAAUUCCAAGUACAACACAUUGCUUAACACAUUUAUUAGGGGUAACUAAUGAGUUCUGGGCCUCACCCAGAAAUAUGCAUAU